ACCACGCAGGCCUGUUGCUUCUUUGCAUACACUACCACAUCUUAGCUCUUCUUUUUUUCCCAAUCCUAAUGAGUGGGCAGUAACUUCUUGGAGGAGCCAAAAUUAACCCUGCCAGUGGAGCGCUUCAUUAUUAUCUCUCACUUUUUUUUCUUCCUUGUCCUUCACAACUUUUUUUUUUAAUAAAGCAAAAGUUCAGAUAAAGUUUUUCCUUUCCUUUCCCACUUUUCUCCUCCACUAGCACACACAAAACCAAGCUCUUGAGUGUCUUCUGAAAGUAUCUCUCCUGGCAUUAUAGAGCUGUGCAAAGGAGGCCAGCCCCUCCAGAGAGAUGGGGGAAGCUGGGGGAAAGGGUCUGGAUAGUGAUGCCGAAGGAAUAUGGAGCGCGGACAUUGAGCAGAGUUUCCAGGAGGCGCUGGCAAUCUACCCACCCUGCGGGAGGCGCAAAAUCAUUCUUUCAGAUGACGGAAAGAUGUAUGGUCGUAAUGAGCUCAUUGCCCGUUAUAUUAAGUUGAGGACUGGGAAAACACGGACAAGGAAACAGGUCUCCAGUCACAUCCAGGUGUUGGCCCGGCGAAAAACACGGGAAAUUCAAACCAAGCUCAAAGAUGAAAUGGAAAAGGACGAAGAACUGCAGAAUAUGGCAGCCGUGACUUCUGCUCAGCUUGCUUCGGUCACUGUCUUCGAGGAGGAACUAGACCUGUUGGAACUCCAGUAUCCAUCCAGCACCAACACUGGGUCCACAGACCUUUUCCAUUUCUGGGCUGGGGAUACAGACCAAGAAACUACUCCAGAUAUCAAGCCCAUCCUCCAGGCCCCAUAUCCAAUCACAUCAAUUGCAACAACAUUUGUUGCCUCAGGUUAUCUCACCACCACAGGGAGGAGUUCUUGUCUGACCACCACAACUACGUCUUUGCAAAAGAAUCUUAUUGGUACAGAAACACUUCAACUGGUGGAGUUUACUGCUUUUAUGGAAUGGCAGAACGAACGAAAUAUGUUUAAGCGGCAGCAUCGUUUUGUUUACAUUGGCCCAGUACCCAUAUGUGGAUCACUGCUAGAGAUGGUGGAUGUACGCCAAAUCUAUGACAAGUUUCCAGAGGAAGGAGGUGGAUUGCAAGAUCUAUAUGACCAAGGCCCUCCUCAAGCUUUCUUCUUGGUCAAAUUCUGGGCUGACCUAAACCUUUCCCUCCUAAGACAAGAAUCUGCAGGCAUAGGAGGGGCCUUCUAUGGGGUGAGCAGUCGAUACGAGGGCCCACGGGCCCUGACUCUCAGUUGCUCCUCCAAAGUCUGCUCGUUUGGUAAACAGAUGGUGGAAAAACUGGAGACAGCCGAGCCUGCUCAGUGGGAAAAUGGCCGCUUUGUUUUCCAUAUAAACCGUUCACCACUUUGCAAGUACCUCAUUAAUUUUAUUCGCAAACUACGAACACUACCAGAAAAACAAAUGAUGGAUAGCGUGCUUGAAAAUUUCUCCAUCCUGCAGGUUUUGCGGGAUCAAGAAACGCAGGAAUUGCUCCUGUGCAUGGCCUUUGUGUUUGAGGUGUCUGCAAAAGAACGGGGAUCGCAGCAUCACAUCUAUCGGCUGGGCCGGGACUGAGAAGCAGUUCAUCAUGCUCAACAAAUAAACCCCAGCCAACUAGACCAUCUUCCUCUUAUCAUAUGAUACUGGAUGGUAGAACUGAUGGCUGAAUCACUAGAAAAACUGCUGACCCCGUUCAUAUCUACUUUUUUAAGUUUACUAACAAAUAUUUUUCUCUCUUUGAUGAUCACAAAACCAAGGUUUAAACCUUUAAAAGGCUUGAACCCAUUGCUCAGUUAGACCAUCUUAAAGAUGGGAUAGCUCAGUAGACCAUCUUACAGGUGGGAUGGUCCUUUGAACAGGUGUACUACUGGAAAAAAUACUCCUUUGGUCAAAUCAUCUCAGGCAUGUUGAGGAUCUCAACUCCAUGCAUAUCUUUCUAAAUCUCCUGGUAGAACAUUGUCCCUUGUCAUUACUUCCUGGGAUUUAACACUCCAUUGUAAGAAUAAAUUGUAUUUCUUAGCAUUACUGUUUUGUAACACAGUCAGGCUUUGAUGUACAUUAUAACUUAAUUCUCGCAAACUGCUGAAGAGUGACCCCAUUCCUACACUCUGUAUAUCAGACUCUAGGGAAAGGUUCACAUCAGUAAUGCACAACCUGAUGCUUCCGAUUCACAUGUUCUCCCCAGAUUCUUUUAAGAGCCCACCACAAACUGUAGGGUUUAAUGUGACUCAGGUUGAAGACGGUUAUAUACAGUGGCAGCAAUGAUAUUAAGGUUUAACACAAGUUUUAAAUCAAAUUU